AUGUGUGGACUUGAGCUGUUUGCCGAUCAAAACGUCCAUAUGCCUCUGAUGCUGGUGUUGUCAUCGCAUUUCAACAACAUAGUCCAACAGGUAGGCUGGUCUCUGCUGUGUCGUCUGAUGGAGAUCUGUCCCACCACUCUGGACAGUCUGGCCAACCCAGAUGAAUAUGAGUUUACUGAGGUGCACAAGCAGAUUCUUAAGGUGCUUUCAAUGUAUCGUAAAGAUUCCAAGAUGUUGAUGGUGGGCCUGAGAGCUCUGGCUCUCCUACUGAAGUCAGAUGCGAUUGUGAUGCAGGUUCUGGACGAGGAAGAGGUAGACGUGUUUUUCUUGGUUCUGGAGGCCAUGAGGUCAUUUCAUGACAAAGAAGAGGUUCAGCUACAGGGAUGUGCUGCUUUACAACUACUUCUGCAAACAGUUUCUGAUGCUCAUCUGGUGGAGUUCAUUGAGAACAAGGACCAUGAGGUGGUGUUGGAUGCGCUCAGGCGUUUCAUGGACAGUGAGAAUGUGGUACUGCAAGCUCUGAGGGUCCUCAUACCGCUGGCUGCUCCAGCCAGCAAUAUUGAGAUUCUGAUGUCCAAACCCAUUAAAUGCGACAGUCUGCUGUGUCAGGCCAUGGACAUGUGGCUCGACUCGGAGGCCAUACAGGAGGCUGGAUGCUGUCUGUUACGGAAAUUUACUUCAGAGAGUUACUAUUAUAUACUGGUGCUGAAUGGUGUCCAUAAGGUGGUGGUGAAAGCAUGUGUCGCUUAUCCUAAGAAUGCCACAGUGCAGACCACUGGCCUUUCCUGCCUGAGCGCGCUCGCGGAGUGUAUUGUACAGAAUGAAGGGCUAGACAGAGAGUGCAACGAGGAGGACGAGGCGAAACAGAAAGAUCUGGUAAAGAAAGAAGCCACCCAAGAGGAGGAAAUGCUUAUCUGGAGAGAGGCCUGUUAUACCGCUUUAGAGAGACAUGCUGACAAUGCCGCAGUGCAGGAAGCUGCAUGUUGGGCUUUAAACAGCUUGCUGCUUCAUUACAAUUCCUUCAACCAUGUGGAACUGGAAGGAAGGCCUCCCCUUCAUUCUCUCAUCAUGGCUGCCAUGCUUUUGCAUUCAUCCACUGCGGAGGUUUUCCAAGCUGCUUCCUGUACACUACGCACAAUAAUACAGCACCACAGUAGGAUGAGGGCUCUGCUGCUUUCACAUGGCAUUCAUGUCAACAUUGUGCAUCUGAUGCAGAAACACGCGAACUCCAGCACUGUGUGUGAAAGUGCCUGCAGACUGCUUCACACACUCUUCCAGGGAGCGAGGGCCAGUCUAGAUGAUGGGACCCUGAUGCUCGGUCAAAUCCUGACUGCUCUGAAGAUACAUAACUUCAUUCCUGAAGUUCAGCUGGAGGGUCUCAGAGCGAGUCUAGUUCUUCUCAGCCCAGACAGGAGUUUAAGAGAGCAGGGCUCCUCGGUGGCGGAUCCUGACACGGUGGAUGUUUCGCUGCGGGUGCUGAAGAACCAGUGUGUACUAGAGGGAGCUCACACUGUCUAUCUAGAGGCACUUAAUAGGUUUAUCAGUAGUGAGGAGAUUCAGGAGUGUGGACUUGGUGUGCUCUCAGCGCUAGCUGACUGUUCUGGAGCGGUUGACCUCAUGUGCCAGCAGGGGGCGAUAGAUACGGUUCUUCAUACGCUGCAGAUGUUUCCACAGGAACGUGAAGUUCACUACUGGGGUCUUAGUCUUCUGUUUCACCUCAUCUCUAAGAAGAAGCUCUCUCGUAUGAUGGUGCCUGUACUGGCCUCAGUUUUGGUCAGCUCUGUACGGCAACACAAAGAGGACACAGUCAUGCUUCUAAAGGGUCUUCAGGCGGCGUGGAAGUUGUUGGACACCUGCUCGAGUGCCGCAGCAUGGCUGCAGAAAGAAGCCUUCGAGAAAGACAUCUUCCAGAUCCUGCGGGAAAAGACGGCAGACCAGCGCCGAGAUCCACUGCAGGGAAUGAGUUGCCUGUGCCUGUCUAAGAUGGUGGCGGACAGUGAGAUCCUGUACACGCUGCUGGAGAGAGCGUGUGAGGACGGCGAUGUGGACAUGGCAGAAUGUCUCAUCCAUCUGGGUGCUGACAUCAACAAGAAAACAAAGAGCGAUUCACUUAUAUAUCAGGUUUGUGAUCGAGGGGCUCCUCUGGCUCUGCUGGAGCUGCUGGUUUCUGCAGGAGUUCAUGAGCAGCAGUUACGUGGAGCUCUGAGCGUGUGUGUCAGGAGGGGCGAUGACCCUGCCAUCACCCUCCUGCUCGGCCGUCUGGGGCUGGACCAAGCCAACAACGCCCUGUGCCUCGGGAGCUUCCGCCUUGGACAAAUGAAAGCGUCGUGGCUCAGCGCUCUGCUCUCUGAACGCAAAACUAAGUCUCCAGUCAACAAGAAGAACAGUAAAGGUCAGCGUUUGGCCAGACAGUUCUUGUCACUCCAGAGGAACAAAGGGUUUGUGGGAGUUGGUAGAUUACGGAGUGAUGCCAGCACAUCAGAAUAUUUCACAGAUGAGGAAAGUGACGAAUCACACAUUUCCUUAGAUGAAAGCUUGGUCUUCAUGUUUCAUAACAUGGAGAGUGACGGGAGUGAUGGGCCUUCACGAGGAUUGCUACUUUUCAACGAUUCACCAGAAGUGGGCAGGAAACCUGCUUGGAGACAUUGCAGCCGGCGUAGACGUGCCAAUUCAGAGGGAUGCCACGGUGAGACCGAUCCAAGCGUCCCUCUACGGCAGGGUUUCAUGGAAAGCUCCACUCCUGGCGCUUUCCCUCUGGCCAUAGACAAAGAGCCCAUCCGUCUGCUCGACCUCUCAGGGAAUGAGCUGGGCAGUCUGUCCUGUUUGAUGGGUGCGAGAGCUCUCAAACAGCAGAUUGAAAGCCUUCUUCGGCUUGAUUUGAGCGGCAACAGUCUAUCAGAGCUUCCCAGUGUUCUCUGUCAGCAUUUAAGAAGUCUUACCCGUCUAGAUCUUCAAGGUAACCAACUGCAGGCACUUCCUGUGGAGCUCCUGGGUUUACCUGCACUGAGCACGCUCAAUGUUUCUCGCAACUGCAUUGGUCCUCUUCUGUUGCUGGACCCAACUGUGUGCAAUCCAGCCUUACACCAGCUCAACCUGUCCUUCAACCAGAUCACCGUCUUCCCCUUCCAGCUGGGGCAGGCCAUGGACAGACUGGAGGAGCUCUUGCUGGAGGGUUUGCGUUCGGUGGACAUGAGGAAUAACAGUAUUAGUGUUCUGCCGGGACCGGCUUUGUGGGUCAGUGUAAACCUAAGAGAGCUGAUGUUCAGUCAUAAUCACAUCUCUGUGCUCGACCUGAGCGGCCCGGUGUACAAGUGGGCCAGACUGGAAAAACUUAAUUUGAACUCCAACAAACUCACUGAGAUCCCUCCUCAGAUUGGUAUGUUGGAGGACCUGACAUCUCUAGAUGUCAGUCAGAAUGAAGGUUUGCGCUCUUUCCCUGAUGAGAUGGGGAAGCUGGUUCAUUUAUGGGAUCUACCUCUAGAUGGUCUGCAGCUCCAGAUGGACCUCAAACACAUUGGGAACAAAACCAAAGACAUCAUCAGGUUCUUGCAGCAGCGUCUGAAGAAAGCUGUGCCGUAUUACCGCAUGAAACUCAUUGUGGUCGGCAGCCCAUGUAGCGGGAAAAGUUCUUUGAUUCAUCAGCUGAUGAAGCUGAAACGUUCUCAGUGGCGAUCUGAUCAGCACACCGUCGGCGUCAGCGUCAGAGACUGGGCCAUCAGAAACAAAGACAAGAGGAACAUGCAGCUGAAUGUUUGGGAGUUCUCAGGUGGUGAAGAGUGCAGUGGAUUUCACCCUCACUUUAUGAGCUCCAGGGCGCUCUAUCUAGUGCUGUAUGACCUGAGUAAAGGACCCAGUGAGAUAGACGCCAUCAAACCCUGGCUCUUUAACAUUAAAGCCGUAGCUGGACAGUCUCCUGUGAUUGUGGUUGGAACUCAUGCAGAUGUGUGUGAAGAGCACCACCUACAGGAGUGUGUUCGGAAGCUGCGAGAGGAGCUGCUGUCUCAACCGGGCUUUCCAGUGAUCAAAGAGAACCACAUACUAUGUGCCUGUGAGGAGUCGGAGUCCAUCAGCAGGUUACGCAAAGCCAUGUAUAGAGAGCUGAUUGGGUUCAAGAUCCAGGGUCAGCCGGUAAUGGGGCAGCUGAUUCCAGACUGUUAUGUGGAGUUGGAGAGGAGAGUUUUACAGGAGAGGUCACAUGUACCCACUGAUUUCCCAGUGCUCAGACACAGCAGACUGCUGGAGAUCAUACAGGAAACACAGCUGCAGCUAGAGGAGGGAGAGUUACCCCAUGCUAUCCACUUCCUCAGCGAGGCUGGUGUCCUGCUGCACUUUGAUGAUCCAGUGCUUCAGCUAAAGGAUUUGUACUUCAUUGACCCACAAUGGCUUUCUAACAUAAUCUCACAGACGCUCACUCUGAGGAGCACUGGUCAGUGGGACAGCACUAGAGGAGUGGUGCAGCGAACCACUGUAGAAAAGUUUCUGAACAAAAGUCACUGUUUCCCAAAGGAUCAUCUGACUCAGUACUUCAAGAUAUUGGAAAAGUUUCAAGUAGCUCUUCCCUUCGGAGAUGACCAGUUACUUAUACCUAGUUGUGUGUUGUUUGGACAGGUGGUGGAUCACAUUGACUCUCUGCUGGAGGAAUGGUUUCCAGGCCUCCUCGCCACUGAUGUCCAUGGCACCGGAGAGACACUGCUUAAGAAAUGGGCUGUGUACAGCUUCAGUGAUGGAAAAAACUGCCAAAAGAUGCUGCUGGAAGAACUUCUCUCCAAAAUCAAUGCAGAUGGUUUGCUGGUGAACCCAGAGGACCCCAGCUGUACUCUGCCCAUCUCUCAGAUCUCUCCAGACCUGGUACUGUGUGACCAGCCAUCCAGCAUCAUACUGGAUCCAGAGCAACUGGAGAUGGAGCUCUCAAUGGAGUAUAUGUUGGGAGAUGGAGGCUUUGGCUCCGUAUAUAAAGCUGUGUACAAGAAUGAGGAAGUUGCUGUUAAGAUUUUCAAUAAACAUGCAUCUACACUUUAUGUUCAUCGGCUGGAACGACAGGAACUGGCGGUUCUUGGCAGACUGUGUCACCUCAGUCUGGUGGGGCUUUUGGCUGCCGGUUGUAACCCACACAUUCUUGUGAUGGAACUCGCCCCAUAUGGCUCUCUGGACUCGCUUUUUGAGCGUGAAAAUAGCAGUCUCAGCCGCAAACUACAGCACAGGAUAGCACUGCAUGUGGCGGAUGGUCUCAGAUAUUUGCACUCUUCUAUGAUUAUUUACCGAGAUCUGAAGCCACACAACGUUCUGUUGUUUAACCUGAAGACGGAUGCUGAGGUCAUCGCUAAAAUCACAGACUUUGGCAUAGCGCAGUACUGCUGCAGUAUGGGAGUCCGCAGCUCAGAAGGAACACCAGGUUUUAGAGCCCCGGAGGUCGCCCGAGGUAAUGUCAUCUAUAACGUCCAGGCAGAUGUAUAUUCGUUUGGUCUGCUGCUGUAUGACCUUUUGACCUACGGCGAGCGUAUAUCUGAUGGAAUGAAGUUUCCCAGUGAGUUUGAUGAGGUGGCUGUGCAGGGUAAACUACCAGAUCCAGUUAAAAAUUACGGAUGUUCUCCAUGGCCAGGGUUUGAGUCUUUGAUGAGGGACUGUUUGAGAGAAAACCCACUGGACAGGCCUACGUCUGCUAAGGUGUUUGAUCGUCUGAAUUCUGUAGAGAUGCUUUGUCUGAUGCGAGAGCUGACAUCGAUGAGUUUGCCUGGCGAGUGUUUCACUGUCUCCGGUGCCAGCGGAGGUGCAGACGGAGGUAAAAAUACCCGUGUGUGGAUUGGAGGUGGCAGUUGCAGCCAGAAAUUAGGCUGUGUGACAUCACUGGAUCUGGAGACAGGGGGAAGCUUGAGCCAGGAGAUUGACAGCAGUCCAGUCCUCUGCAUGGUGAUCAUCAGAGCUCCGGGGUCAUGCAGUGACUGGUUAGUCGCUGGUACACAGUCAGGUUCACUCUUCAUCGUGGACACAAUAAAAGCAGAGGUUCUGCACUGUCUGAAGAGUGUGAAGGACUCUGUGACAUCACUCUACUUUCACACUGACCUUCAUCUCAGAUACUUAAAGAAUUACCUUUUGGUCGGGACAGCAGAUGGAUCAUUGGUCAUUUAUGAAGAUUCAGCCAUGAAGGUGAAGAAUGGUGGUCCAGUGAAAACGCUGCAGGUUGGUGAUGUGAACACUCCUCUGAUGUGUCUCGGUCCGUCCAGUCACCCUCAGGAGCGCAGAGGACUGUGGGCGGCCUGUGGCAGCAGGGUGAUCUCGCUCACAGUGGGAUAUGACAUCAAUAGAAGCAUAGACACCAAACCCAAACAGCUGUUCCCGCAACAUGGUCAAAUCAGCAGUGAUCCUUGUAUAUCACAGUUAGCGGUGGACAAACAUGUGUAUGUAAGUAAAAGGGGCGGCCACACUGUGGAGGUCUGGGAUAAGAAGACUGAGAGGAUGGUGAACCUCAUUGACUGCGCACAGUUACUCAGAUUAAGUUCCACCAAAAAGCCCAAAGCCCAGAGUGAGGACCAGUCUAGACAAAUGGUGCCAUCUUCGGUGAUUGUUAAAGCUCUGUUGGUCCAGCACAGUGGUACUCUGUGGAUUGGGACCAAAGCAGGACACAUCCUGUUGGUGGAAGUCUCCAGCUGUCAGUUACUUCAGACCAUCAGCCCUCACUGCCACUCCUUACGCUGCAUGGGCUCUGUGCUGUUAGACACACUAAACCGAAAUAAUGUUAUUCUAGUAUUGGGUGGACGGCAACGAAUGCCACAAGACCAAACCAAAACGCAAGUCCCAGCUGAGGAUUCAGUUCUGACGGUGUGGAGCAGUUCACUUCCUCUGGAGGUCAGAGAUCUGAUCAGACACUGUGAGCUACGAGACAAGAUCACCAGCAAAAUGAGAGAAACACUCCACAACUGAUCACCCUCUCUGUGUGCGCAUCACUUCCUGUCAUGUAACACAUGUAGCAUUACUGUUUAGGACUUUUUAGAAAAGGUCCAUUGUCUACUGUCAAUAGUGCAGAAUGAGGCACCGCUCACACAGAACUCACUUUCAAACUAAGCAGGUUUCUGUUGGUCAACACGGCCAAUUCACACAUAUUCCAGAUUGUGCAGAUUUAGAUUGAAACGACUGCGAAAUUUUGCUGAGCAACAGUUAAUGCGACCGAUCCUUUACUGUUUUGAAAAGGGACCCCUGUGAAAAUGCAGUUAGUGUGAAAGGUUAUUUUAUAUAGUCAUGUGAAACAUUUAUUUUUGUUACAUCUCAUAUGUAGCUGUGCAUUGAUAUGUUUGGAGUAUACAGAAACUGAUAUAAGGUAGACAACCAAAAUUGCAAACACUUGAGUUAGCUUUAUUAUUUUACAGUAUUUAUUCAUGAUAUGAAGCCAUAAGAACAGAGGAGAAAGCCACCAUUUAUCAAAAGUAUCGCUAAUACCUCUUAUGCAAAUGUAUCAUGUUUCGUUUUCACUAGAAUAUCAUAGUUACUGCUGCUGUUAGCAUCACGGGAGCACAAUGGACAAACUGCUAACGGUAACUAGCAUCAGUGUCAUAAAAGCAACUGAAGAUUAUGAAAUCUUCUUGCACUUUUUGAAGGGAAUCCCAUGUUAAUGCUAGCAUUCAGACUGACUAAUGCAAAUAUUUCAAAUUCCAGAAUUGAUAAUGAAGUCUGUUUAUUAAAUCUCUGUGUUAGUUGUUUGGAAAUUGAAUUAUACUAUGAGCAAUCCAUUGCUAAAUUCUGAGCAAUAAGCUAUUAAAGUUACACUACACACAUUCUGACCUUUUAUGAAUUA